CACUAUUCUUUCGCUGGGAAGACUAGGCGCGGCGCCCACGUCGUCCCACCCACGUCGCACGGGGAACGCACAGAUCCAGCCCGCCGAGCGCACGGGUCGGCACAGGAAAAGUAACGCGGAAGGCACAGAUUUGCACUCGUCUGCACCGAGAAGGCGCGGUUUUGCACGCAUAUUUUUUGACAAGGGAGGCUCUCGUGAGCCUCAUCCUUUCCUUCCUGCCCGGGGCCCGGGGCCCGGGGCCACCCCUGCGAGCGUGAACUCAAGAGAUGCUUAUUGUCAGUUCUGAUCUGGCUUCUGUGAAUAACGUGCGGUUGCGGUCUGAGCAGGUCCACGAAGGCCUUCGGGGUUGUUAUUCUUGCAUUUUGGGGGCUUUAAAGCUCUGAAUUUGCUGCAUAUUUGUUGCGGUUGACUGAAAAUUUGUGUCUUGACAGAUUUUGAAGGUGAGCGUUACUUUUGCGGCAUGGUUGAUGAUGUUCUGUGAGAUAGAUACAGUUUGGCCAGAUGGCUGCUCCAAUGGGUGUGACAGAGCUCAAUGUUGCUGUGUCACAAGUCGCUGUUGAACUUGUACGAGCCAUUGAAAUUACUAUGGAUCCAUCAGUACCUCAUCCCCAGCGGCUAGAAGCAUACAACCAUUGUGAAACUUUCAAAGACAAAUCUCCGUACUGUGUUCAAUGUGGUCUUUAUCUUGCUCAACAAAAACAACUUUCUGAACAUGUGCAACAUUUUGGCCUUCAAUUAAUGGAAUACUGUAUAAAGUACAGAUGGUAUGAUCUGCCCCAGGGUGAAAAAAUCUUUAUCAAGGAAAAUGCCAUGAAGUUAUUAAGUGAAGGAAUGCCAAUAAACUCUCCAAACCAUAUGAAGGAUGCGAUUUCUCGUAUAGUCGUGGAGAUGGUGAAGCGAGAGUGGCCUCAGCAGUGGCCAGGCUUGAUGAGUGAGCUUAGUCACAUCAGCUCUCUUGGGGAGAGUCAGACCGAGCUUGUGCUUCUGGUGUUUUUGAGACUUGUUGAAGAUGUUCACACCUUACAGACUUUGGAUUCAAACCAACGUCGAAAAGAUCUGUACCAAGCUCUUACUAUGAACCUAUCGGAAAUCUUCAGCUUUUUUGUCAGGCUUAUUGAAACCCAUGUUAACAAGUACAGAGAAUUAACAGCUCAAGGAACUAGAACAGAGGAUAUCUUACCCCAUCGUAGUGUUGUACAAACAGUACUGCUCACCCUAACUGGAUUUCUAGAAUGGGUUCCCGUUACUCAUAUAAUGGCUGAGGAAGGUCGUUUGCUUCGUGACCUUUGUCUUCUCCUUGAUCAUAAAGACUUUCAAUGUGCUGCAGCUGAGUGCUUGCUACUUAUCGUCAGCCGUAAAGGGAAACCAGAAGAUCGUAAGCCUUUUAUGGUUCUCUUUGGGAAUGAAGUGAUGGCUUGCAUGUUCAGGUCUGCAUGUAGCAGCUCUCCUACCGAUGAAGCUGAUUACAAAUACCUCAAGGUUCUUGCUCAGGUCCUGGCGGGCUUGGGCUUGCUACUGUGUGCUGUGUGGGGUAAAGAUGAGGGACCAUCGGCUCAACCAUCUAGCUUUGGGACAUUUCUUGAUAUCAUUCUAAGCUUUACUCGUCAUCCCAGCCUUACUUUGACACGAACUGUGUCAGAACUGUGGGGUGCUUUGUUUAGACAUGACUCAAUUUCAAGGCAACCUAUUAUGCUAGAGUUCAUCCCUAAAUGGGUGGAAGCUGCUGCCCCAAAAGCCAUCAAGGUCUUGUACCCUUCUAAGAGAACUACCAUAAUCACAGCGAAUUCAUCUUAUUUUGCUGGUCUUGACUAUGAUAGUAAAGAAGAGUUCACCACUUUCUGCAGUCAGUUGCGCAUUAUCAUUUGUGAAAACUUUCGUCAGGCUACAUUUAUUGCUCCCCUUGUCACAUAUGGUUACACUGAACGCUGGCUUCAACAGCGUAUUCAACAGUCUAUGUCAGAUCCAACUCCAUUGACUAAUACCUCUCCAGCAUAUCUGGAGUGGGCUGCUGUUGCUUGUAUAUUGGACAGUGUUUUGAAUAAAAUUUUGCAAGUGGCUGAGCGACCACCUCCUGCAGCAGGCCUUCGACUUUUGGAACAAUGUUUGAACUUUGAGCCUGCAGAUCCUCUAGUGUUGUCUGAACUAUUGUCAUGCGUAUCAGCCCUAUUUGUGUUCUUGUCUAUGUCUCCUUCAACUAAUCUGCUCACCUCAGUUCUCAAUAAGAUCUUUGCGGCACUUGUGUUCUCCCAGCCUGGAGUGCCUAGAGAGAUGCUUAGCCGAGACAUCAAAUCUGUCAGACGCCAUGGUGCAUGUCUUAUGGUUAAAAUUGGCACCAAGUAUCCCUUAAUUUUGUUACCAAUUUUUGAUCAAAUAUAUGGAAUUGUUAGCAAUCUUCAUAGCAAACCUGCAUUGCUUUCAUCUCUAGAAAAAGUUACAUUACAGGAGAGCCUUUUGCUCAUCAACAAUCACUUUUAUGAGUAUGAACGGCAAACCAAGUUUAUUGGAGAAGAACUGAAGGGUCCUAGUUCAGUUUGGCUAAGUUUGGGUCAUGAAGCUUUUGCAAAUGCUCCAAGUUUGAUGGAAGCAGUUGGUUUACGCCAUGCAUUAACAGACUCAGUUAAUGAAGAAAAGUGGGGAACUAACCGCUCAAAUAUUAUGAUUUGUGUGAAUCUGAUGAUGGCUGUGGUGAAACGGUGCACCUGGCCAGAUGAUCCUGAUAAGGCAGCUAGAGGAGGUUUUGUGAUUCACAUGACAAAAAGUGGAAAUCCAGUAUAUCGUAAUCCUGCUGCCCCUCAUGUCGUCCCAAUGCUGCCAAACUUUUUUGCUCUAUUGCGAGCUAUGAACUCUCUGUGGACCCCUGAAGCACUUGCUUGCUUGUCAGAAGAUUACAGAUUAGUCUACAAAAUGACAGAUGGUGAGCGCGCACAGCUGGUUGGCAGUAGUAUCACUUCGUCCAGCCCAGAUCUUGACCUUGUGGACUCAGCAUGUACAGCAUCUAAUGGCUCAAGUGCACUCUCUAGUGCAAGAGCUCCUGCUCGAAUGCAGUCAUACAUUAGCACAUUGCAUGAUAAUUCAUAUCAUAUCCUGGGAAGUAUGGGAAUGUCAUUUGGAUGGGAUUUGUAUCAGCUCCCUGACCUUGCAACUAAUCUAAUCAAUACUGUUUUCCAUGGCCUUGAGUUUAUCCCUGACUAUAGACUCAGACCAAUUGUAAAAACAUUCCUCAAACCAUUUAUUGGAGCUUGCCCCUCUAUUUUUAAUGAAUCAGUCAUUCUACCAGUGCUUGCAAAUUUUUGCCCAUACAUGUUUGGAAGACUCAAUGCCAAAUGGCAGUACUUAGCUGAACUUCGUGAAGCUGGACAGAUUGAUGAUGAGAAUACAGAGGCUCAGGAAGUCGUUGAUGAUAUGCUCAACAGAAAUCUAACAAGAGAAUACCUUGAUGUACUGAAAGUAGCUUUGAUUGGAGGCUCUUCAGUUGUCGAGCUUGCAAACAAUGACAAUGUAGAUGGAAUGGAGCAAGAUGAGGGUAGCCGUCCACCGCCAUCUACCCAAUCUAUGGAAGUUAUCAGUGAGCUAGGUCAACAUAUAUUGCGCUGCCCACACACAAGUCAAUCCGUAGCUUUGUGUGUCCUCAGAGCUUUGUCAUGGCCCGACAGUGGAACAAGCUACAAAGCUGCCAUGCUUACAGGACCUAUGGUCCGUCAGCUCUUGGCAGAUGGUAGUGUUUCACCCAUGGUGGCCACACACAUUAUGACAUCAGUUCUACAAGGACUCCAGCUCCAUGGUCAUCAUGAUGUAAAUCAGAGUGUGUUGCUACAGCUUGGAACCCAAGUAUAUGAUAUGCUGAGACCACGCUUUGUGGAAGUGGUUGAGGUAAUGAAGCAAAUUCCUGGAAUAAAUAUCAUGGAGUUGCAAAAGCUGGAUGAAAAGGUUCUUAGUGGUGCAGCAUCUGCUGCAGCUGCUGGUCCUACUGGUGGACGAACUACAAAUAGUAAAACUGAGAAAGCAAAGAAAGACAAUUUCAAAAGACUUACAACUCAGUUAAUUAACUGUAGUUUAAGCCAGCUAUUCUGCAAGAAGGCUUGGAUUGCUGAGCUGCCCCGUCUGGACGUUCCAAGAAGAAUAAAACCACCUAGAGUUGAAGAUUUACCUGGGGAAACUGGCCUAGCUAGCUUGUUCCAUGGUAACUCAGCAUAGUUGUAUAAUCAUUCCAUCAUAUUGAGACUGAGAUCAUAUCUGCUGUGUUGUGAUUUAGUUCCUGUAAUUUUUGUCUUGUGAUCAUAUGCUUUUAGAUUUUUGGGUCAUUUUAACCUUGGCAUAUUCUGUUGCUUUAAAUUAUUUAUAAAAAAAGAAAUGUACAUAUUGUGCCUACAGCUGCUCAAAACAAAUGUCCAUCAAAUGGAUGUAUCAUUUAAAAACUAUGAAGUUUGAUUAGUUACCAAAUGAAUUAGGUAGAUUGAACAUUGCCUUAAGUAUAGUAAGUUAUUAAAUAAGAAUUGCUUACUGUAAAUAUCAGUUGAAUUCCAUGAGCAUGAUUGAUUCUUUUAUAUUGUGAUGAAAUGAUUUGCACAGAAAAUAAUCAAGAUUUUUAAAUAUGUAUUGUAAUGUCUCCUAGUACUGUGAAAAUUGAUUCAAAUGAUUGCAUUUCUUCUCAAUAUGCCCCUGGUGUAAGUACGGUGUGCCCAUUAAUAGGUUAAAAAGCAAAUCUAACUACAUUUGGUCUUCAGUAAUCUCCUGCUUUAAACUAAAGGUAGUUCUGUGUUUUGCUUCUUUUUUGCUUUCUAAUGUCCAGGCAUGUUUUAUCAUAUAACAAUAUCCAAAAAUUUUGACUCUUUAAAUAAAAAUGAACUAGGUAGGAAGAAUUUCUCAACUUCAAAUGACAAUAUUAAAAUGUGAUUAAUACUCAAAUAGUGCAUUGAUGAAAUUAUGAAAAUAGGUUUAAUAUGAUCUUAAACUACAUGCAAUUCAGCUGAACAGUUCUUUUCAUUCAAUUGUUGUUUUUUUUUGUUAAGUAAAAACCUAUUUAUUUUGGUUAGAUCUCAUGGAUCUCUUGAAUUUGUGCCUUCUUUAGUUGUCUUUUAUUAUAUAUAAUUCCAUGACAACUUUUAUUCUGCUCCUCUCAAGUUUUCUCAGGGCUCCUGGGUCAGCAUUUAUAGAUCAACCGUCAUUACUAAAAAUGUCGGUGUGAUCUGUAGAUCAAAAUUAUGUGUAAAAAUGUGGCCAUUAUUAGAGACUGACAACUCAUUUAUGUUCCUAUGAACUGCAAUUAAAACUCCUCAGAUUUCUCAAAUUUUUAAUUUUCUACAUCUUAUAAACUUCUGAAGUUAUGAAUAUGUAUUAGGUGUUCCAAGCUUAGUGAGCUUGUGCAUUUUACUGUCACAAUUAUAAUGCAUUUAUUACUAUUUUCAGAACCUUACGUGUCACACAUGUACUACAGGUAAAACAUAAAAUAAAAUGUCUGCAUUGUGUA